UCUAUGGGCAGCAGUUGCUAGAAUAGAUUUUGUUUUAAAAGAUUGAUCUAUAUUUGACAUGGGUAAGACUAGGUCUUCUCCCCUGUACAAUACUUAAGUUCUUUGAAAGCAGAUUCUUCUAGGUUCUUCUCUCUGCAUCCCUUCACAUCCUUUGUGCCCUUGUUUAUAAAUGGGACUCGGUAUGUAUUGAAUUAGUAUUUCUGUGUCUCUUGAGUGACAGAUGAAUGAGUGCGCUCAGUUCACGUACUACAUUUUGCCUUCUUGCUACAGAAGUCAAGGUGUAUUUUGAUAAAUAUCCGUGAUUGUGAAAUGCCCGGGUUCGUUGGCUACAGGUGGGGAAGUGGUAUACAGUACUUUGAUCCUCCUAGGAGAAGGAGAUGCUGAUGUGGAUAUUAAGAAUUUGCUUCUUUGUCUUCAGUUUCAGUUUGACCUCCUUGCUUCACUGAGUCACAGCACUCGCUCUUCGGUGAUGGGCACGUCAUUAAGCCUGAGACUGUCCCUUGGACUGUUUAUGACAUUGUACCUGAAUUUCCCAUUACAUUAACAGCCAGCAUUUGUCAUAAAAUUUCAAGAACACAUUAAAAGUUAUUUGGUUUGUAGUUGACAUUGAGAUUAACUUUCUCUAACCUAAACCAGUGAAAACCAAAAUGCUCCUCACCACAUAAAAGUUUUGCUUUCGCUGUGUUCAGACCCCUCCCACCUCCUCAGAGCACAGUCAUUUGGAGUCUAGUUUGGGGGCGGUGUGGUUGUAUCUCAGUGGUGUAUGACCCACUUUUUCGUAACACUUAAUUACCCGUGUUUUUACAGCACUAGUCAGAAGGUCUGACGAUAGUGGACUAUAACCCAAAAAAGGUUUUCUGAUACACCUCAUCAGGGCUGCUAGUACCGUGCGUUAUCGGAAGAAGGUGUUAGCUCCGCAGGGCGUGUGUUAACUACCCGAGGAUGACAGAACAUUUCCUCUAGUUUCUGGAUAAUGAGCAAGCACACAGGGUGUGAACGGCAUGUCUGUGGAUGAGAAGCCUGACUCCCCCAUGUAUGUGUAUGAGUCCACAGUCCACUGCACCAACAUCCUGCUGGGUCUCAAUGACCAGCGGAAAAAGGAUAUUCUCUGUGACGUGACUCUGAUCGUGGAGAGGAAAGAGUUCCGGGCCCACCGGGCUGUGCUGGCCGCAUGCAGUGAAUACUUCUGGCAGGCGCUGGUUGGACAGACGAAGCAUGACUUGGUGGUCAGCUUGCCUGAAGAGGUCACGGCCAGGGGCUUUGGGCCUCUGUUACAGUUUGCCUACACCGCCAAGCUAUUACUCAGCAGAGAAAACAUCCGCGAGGUCAUCCGCUGUGCUGAGUUCCUGCGCAUGCACAACCUGGAGGACUCCUGCUUCAGCUUCCUGCAGACCCAGCUCCUGAACAGCGAGGAUGGCCUGUUCGUGUGCCGGAAGGACGCUGCGUGCCAGCGCCCGCACGAGGACCGGGAGAACUCCGCCGGAGAGGAGGAGGAGGAAGAGGAGGAGACGAUGGACUCAGAGACCGCCAAGAUGGCGUGCCCCAGGGACCAGAUGCUUCCAGACCCCAGCAGCUUUGAGGCCUCCGCCAUCCCCGUAGCCGAGAAGGAGCAAGCUUUGCUGCCCGAGUCCGAUGUGCCGGCCGACACCAAGGAGAGCUCCGAAAAGGACGCGUUAACGCAGUACCCCAGAUACAAGAAAUACCAGCUUGCAUGUACCAAGAAUGUCUACAGCGCAGCAUCACACAGUACCUCAGGUUUUGCAAGCACAUUCAGUGAAGAGAACUCCAGCAACAGCCUCAAGCCGGGGCUUGCCGUGGGGCAGAUUAAAAGUGAACCGCCCAGUGAGGAGAACGAGGAAGAGAGCAUCACACUCUGCCUGUCCGGAGAUGAGCCUGACAGCAAGGACAGAGCCGGGGAUGUGGAAAUGGACCGGAAACAGCCCAGCCCCGCCCCAGGCCCCGCCCCAGCCGCCGGAGCCACCUGCCUGGAGAGAUCCAGGAGCGUGUCCUCCCCCUCCUGUUUAAGGUCUCUGUUCAGCAUAAAAAAUAGCGUGGAGUUGUCUGGCCUGCCCAGUACCUCUCAGCAGCACUUUGCCAGGAGUUCAGCGUGCCCUUUUGACAAGGGGAUCACUCAGGGUGACCUUAAAACUGACUACGCCCCUUUCCUGGGGAAUUACGGACAGCCCCACCUGGGCCAGAAGGACGUGUCCAACUUCACCACGGGGUCGCCCCUCAAGGGGCCUGGGUUGGAGGCUCUCUGUAAACAGGAAGGAGAGCUGGACCGGAGAAGUGUGAUCUUCUCCUCGAGCGCUUGUGACCAAGUGAGCUCUGCGGUGCAUUCGUACUCUGGGGUAAGCGGUUUGGACAAAGACCUCUCUGAGCCGGUGCCAAAGGGUCUGUGGGUGGGGGCUGGCCAGUCCCUACCCAGCGCACAGGCCUACGCCCACGGUGGGCUGAUGGCUGACCAUUUGCCAGGAAGGAUGCGGCCCAACACUAGCUGCCCGGUGCCAAUCAAAGUGUGCCCUCGCUCGCCCCCCUUGGAGACCAGGACCAGGACUUCCAGCUCUUGCUCCUCCUACUCCUACGCAGAGGACGGAAGCGGGGGCUCACCCUGCAGCCUCCCUCUCUGUGAGUUCUCCUCCUCGCCCUGUUCCCAGGGAGCCAGAUUCCUAGCCACAGAGCAUCAGGAACCAGGCCUGAUGGGAGAUGGAAUGUACAACCAAGUCCGACCCCAAAUUAAAUGUGAGCAGUCUUAUGGAACCAACUCCAGCGACGAAUCCGGAUCGUUCUCGGAAGCAGACAGUGAGUCGUGUCCUGUGCAGGACAGGGGCCAGGAGGUCAAACUUCCCUUUCCUGUAGAUCAAAUCACAGAUCUUCCAAGGAACGAUUUCCAGAUGAUGAUUAAGAUGCACAAGCUAACCUCAGAACAGUUAGAGUUCAUUCACGACGUGCGACGGCGUAGCAAGAACCGCAUCGCAGCCCAGCGCUGCCGCAAGAGGAAACUGGACUGUAUUCAGAAUUUAGAAUGUGAAAUCCGCAAACUGGUGUGUGAGAAAGAGAAGCUGUUGUCAGAGAGGAACCAACUGAAAGCCUGCAUGGGGGAGCUGCUGGACAACUUCUCCUGCCUUUCCCAGGAGGUCUGCCGCGACAUCCAGAGCCCUGAGCAGAUCCAGGCCCUGCACCGCUACUGCCCCGUCCUCAGACCCAUGGGCCUCCCCGCGGCCUCCAGUAUUAACCCCACGCCCUUGGGCGUCGAGCAGAACCUGGCCGCCUCACAGUGUGCGGUGGGGGAAAGCGCGCCCUGCUGCUUGGAGCCCGGCGCGGCUCCCCCCGGCCCCCCCUGGGCCCCCGGCAGCGCCCCGGAGAACUGUACUUCCGCGAGGAGGCCGGAUGGCGCUGAACCGGGAACCUUCUCGGAGAGGGCGCCUCCUCUUGAAUCCAGGAGCCAGACGGUGACCGUGGACUUCUGCCAGGAGAUGACUGACAAGUGUACAACUGACGAGCAGCCCAGGAAAGAGUACACCUAGUGACCCGGCCGCCCUCCAGCUCUCCCACGCGGUGUUCUUCGGUCAGCCUGCGGUGCUGUUCAUCUGUUGUCUGGAAGAACCAAGAAGGAAUUCGGUGCACACUACAGCGUUCUUAACAGCAAUACUGUUUCUAAGUAUUCCCUCCUCUCUUCCCGCGGGAGUGAUACACAGUUCCCUUCACAAUGGUGCUACCCCUUGCCCAGGCAAGGAAGACGGCGGUGGUGACACUGCCUGUCUGUGGGUUAAUUUCAGUCUCAACAGGGAUAGACUAUAACACCUCUAGGACCCAACCACGGAUUUUUUUUCUCAGUGGCCCAUGUCACAAACCCUAUCUCAGGAAUUUCUUCUGAAUGUUCAAUUUUUUUCAUUGAAGACAGCUUCUAUACACAUCAAAGUUUUAUAGCUAGACUGUACAUAUUAUAUAUAAUAUAUAUAUAUAAAAUAUAUAUAUAUCCAUAUGCAAAAGUCCUGCAUGCCUCAAUUUUCUCAUCCUAAAACUGGAAACUUCAUUUCUCAUUUACCAACAGGUUCCAACAUUCCUCUUCUUUUGUCUCCGAUGCUAGAACUAGUUUGGUAACUGUUAACAUGGUCAUUUUUCUUGCUUCACAGUUCAAUUUCAAUUUGUACUUAUUUAUGGAACAGAAUUCAAUGUUGAAAGCUUUUUUUUUUUUUUUUUUGAGGUUUUAUUUCAGACCCUUUCUCUGUUGUUUGGUUUGCUUCGGGCACCAUCAGCUGGUGUCAUCUGAGUGUCGUGGGUUUGUUUUUUCCUUGCAGAUACUGUACAGUCAUGGUCAACUUUGCCACUUGCACUGAGUUUUGGGUCAAACCUAUUUUCUUAAAUGAAGUUGUUAUUACUUCAGUAUAACUCAAGUAUACUGUAUAUCCUUUGCUUUUAGUUGAAAAGUAAGACAUUUUAGCUAAUUAAAAAGCACUCAGGUGAUAAUUAUGUAGGAAAAAUAAUCUUGCCAAAUAAUGAAUUCAUCCUAGGAUGUGUAGACAAUAAUCUGCUUGAAUAUUUUUCUAUUUCACCUCCUCCCCACCUUUCCCAGACGCAAAGUUUAAAUGCAGAGAGUUCAGAGUUGAUGCUGGAUGUUCAGACUCCUAAGUGGGGAGUGAGUUUGGACGUCCACUCGAAAGUGCAUCCAAACAGCAGGAACCCAUGAUUUUGUGCCAGAACUCGGCAGGCAUUGGCUCCUAAAAAUCAAGUUAGAACUAUUUUCACACCCAAGGGGCGAGUCCCAUUCAUUUCACCCCGUCCUCAGGCCUCUGCCUGCUCUUGGAAAGGCAGCGCAGGAGGAACUUCUUGGAAGGAUUUGGCUAAUCAGCCAACCCCCCCGCCCCCCCUCCCCUGCCCAGGCCCCCUGCCCAUGCUGGGCUCCCAGGACCUCUCACCUGAGUGGGUUUGAAUCACAGCACCUGGGGUUCUGCCUGUAAGCGGUGUCCUGGGUUAAUGCAGCUGGGCUACAGUAGGAGAGAGUGGGGCACAUGUGAGCCUGGGGUCUGUCCCGGACGCAGGCAAAAGCAUUUCUUUCUCCCUCCCUUCUCCAAAUGCUUUGAGUUGAAUUCUGGGGUUUUUCUGCUCGGCUCUUGUCCAAAGGCAGAUUUCAUUCUGAGGCUUUGGACAUGAUAUGGCCAAGGAGCCCUCUUUCCUCCUUUCCCCCUGCCACACAACACACACACACACACACACACACACACACACACACACACACACACACACCCACCCUCACCUGAUGAUAAUUUUCUUCUCUUGCUGCAAAACUGGUUGGCUUACAGCCCACAGAGAGCAGCUUCCCUUGGCUUUGGGGGCGUGCUGGCCCCCGGCCACGUUUACAGGAAGAUGUGCCCAGACCCUGCCGCCAGCCUAAGAGGAGGAGGGAUCCCUCCCUCCCUCCGGUGGGCCCUCCAGCCUGGCUGUGGGAAGAGUCCCGAAAGGUUUGAUGUGGGGAUGGGGUGGUGGGCAGUGGGGAGUAGAUGGUUGACUUUGUUUCUUUAUUUGUGCCAUUGUUUGGACAAUAUUAAAGCUGCAUGUAAAAGGGGAAAUUAGUAUAUGAUGUAGGCGAAAAGUGAAAUCAUAGUAACAUAUGUUUUAGUAUUAUUAACUUUUUUCUGUACAAAUAUUAGCGCUAAAUGUUUAAAUAUGUAUGAAUGCCAGAAAUUUGUUGGUUCAUGCGGUAGGAUUAAAAAAAAAAAGGCUUUUCUUUUCAAAUAGUUCCACUUUUAAAACCUGCCUCUGGGUUUCUGUUUUUCCUCCUGUGCGUGUGUACGUGUGUGUGCUAGUCUGAGACAGAUUUUGAUGCGGCUCAGAGUCGGAGCUGCCGCUUUUACUACGGUUGUUGGAAUUUCUUGGCCUAGUGGAACGGUUCUGUGCUUCACCGUGGGGUUUGCCUUUGUGGAAAACGUGACGGCGGGAACACAAGCCCAGUGUGAGUCCUGGGACGCACCAGAGGCUUGUGUUCUGGUGGAGGAGUCAGCCAACAGUGUUUUUUUAACUCUCUUGUUGCCUUUUUUAAGUGACCUCCUCUUCUUUUGAAAGAAAAAGAAUGUUUCCUGCUAGUCUCCUAACCAGGUCCGAACCAGCCUGUGGGCGUGAUUCACCCUGGUGACAACUCAUGUGCAACUGGUAGUCUUGACCACAUUCCGUCAGUCUCCCCCCUGUCUGUUGUUCGGUCUGCACGCCCCCAUGCUGCGGCCGCAUCCGGGCGGGGGAGGGGGUCUCCUGAUUUCCCUCCACCCUAAAUCAGCCCACAUUCUCCUGCCACCAACCCCCGCCUCUCUUUUCUCCCUCUUCCUCAGCCAAACCCCUGCUACGGGAACUGGUUAAAAACACCGCUUGAAAAACUCUUUCCAUUUCUUAGAGAUUUUUUUUAACGACUUAACGAUUUUGUUCACUAUGUACCAUAAACAGUGACUGACGUUGUGCAAUUGUCUGUGUGACCUGUCUUGUCUUCUACUACCCUGAACCACGUGUUUGUCAGAGCUGUUUCUGGGUUGAUUCAAAGGGAGGACUAGCUGGGGACCAGAAUCCAAACUGCCUCAAGUGAAGUGUUAAAAACCAGCCUGUCUCCUUAACCUGGGAUCCCUUGGUGAGGCCCGUGUCUUUUAUGAAAAAGAAAAGCAAGUUAGUAACAGGGAAUAGUGUUUGCAUAGCAUGGCGACAUGUAGUUGUGCUCUGAAGGGUCCUUCCUUGUAAAAAUAAAGGACCCUCUCCCCACGGACUGCUUAGGGAGAUCCCCGCCGCAGCCAAGUUGGGUCUCCAAAUAGGUGGGCGUAAGCUGUGGGGGCCAGUUACCAUCUGCCCGGAUCUAGUCCUCCCCUUAGAUCUGCCUGUGUCCUUCUUGUGUGUCCAGACAACCUCGCUUCAUUCGGGCUGGUCAGGCUUCGGGCAGGUGAGUGCUUUGCUGUAUGUUUGUUUCUCUGCGUUAUCUGGGGGUGCCUUGAAUAAAAUCAGACUUCAUUACAUACUGAUUCUGGAACAAAACGGUUACAAAAACAAAACAAAAGAGGUGGCAAAGUGACUAGACCAUCCUGCUAUUUCUAUUCCGGGUUCCCUCACAAUGACUCAGGCGUCAGAGGUGAUGCUGCAAUGUAAAACAUUAUUUUGUAUAUUGUACAAAUAAUUUAUUAACUGUCUUUCUAAAAGUAUGCUGCUUUUAAGAUGCACUAUGACUUUGGAUUUAAUCCUUGUAUUGCUUUCCCAAGGAAGUUAAAAAAAAAAAAAGGCUAGUGAUUAGAAUGCCAACUGCCACUUCUCCUUAAUAAGAAGGCCAGGGACCAGCUCUAGGACUUGCACCAGCGAACUGCCGGAAAUCAAGUGGCCACAAUGUGAAGUUUGAAGCUAUUACCAAGAGAUCUAGGGGCGCCUGGCUAGGCUCAGUCAGUAAAGCAUGCGACUCUUGAUCUCAGGGUUGUAAGUCUGAGCCCCGCGUUGGGUGUAGAGAUGACUUAAAAUCUUCAUUUAAAAAAAAGGCCUAAACCUACACUUUCCAUACUUCAUGGUUGCCUUUAAAGAAGAAGAAACAAAGGUGCAUAAACUAUAAGCCUUUUAAGAAAUCCCAGAGUCCUGUCUCCACAGUCUGUGAAGUGGCAGAACCCUCUCAAAGUGGGUAAAGCCUGCAAAGCUACUAAGCUACAAAAGACCUGUCUGGCUGGGCCUCUCCAUUCUACCCACUAGACUAGCAGCUGCUUAAUUCAUAAAUGACUUCAACCCGCUCCCUUAGCACUUGUCGUUUGGGAGGAGUCACAGACCAGGAGGGAGCAAGAAUCAAGUUUUGUCUUCAAAUCACUGUAAAUAGACUGAGGGGCAGAAUCUGUUUUUUUUCUUUCUUUAAGAAUAAAGCUGUUCACACAAUCAUAAGUUAGCAUUUGUCCCCCAGACUGAGGAUCUUGUUGUAGGUGCAGUUCCUGGCGAGUCAGUCCACAGUGCGGCGCCCUGCGUGGAGUCGGUAUUCGUGCAGGAAGUCCGUGUGCAUGGAGGCAGUCUGUAUGUUCCCAGUACCGCCCGAGCCAUCUCCUGACCCAGGCAUCAAAGACUGAUGCCGCAGAACAGACGAUAUUUGUACACAGAGAGUGUGUACAAGUUGUAUUUGUACAUAGAAAGGACCCAUUGUGGCAGAUUGAGGAUAAAUUAUUCAACUGACGGUGCAAAAACAUUUCUUGCAAAGAAAAGGAAGUGUAUAGUAUUUUCCUGCACUCCACCCUGGGAGAUAGUAUUUAUAUCAAAAUGAGGAUCAGUGCAUUUUAACUGUACUAUGAAAGUGACGCUGCCGUUCUGGGAAGAACACCCUUUGGUUGCAGAGGCCCACUUGGUAGCUUUGACUAAAUGCUGUGACGUGGUGCACGCAUCUCGCUCUCAAGCAAUGGAGAAACAACUCUGACUUUCACUUCAUUCCAGUUUAUUGACCUCAGCUAAAACAGUGGCCCUCCUUAGAAGCAGAAGGGCACCAAGACCAUUCAUUCAGUGCCAAGCGUUCCUGGGGGGCUGAUCGGACACGUAUGUGAGGAAAGAGGGAAGGGACUUGGAUACAGAGGGGUUUUCCUACCGAUGAUGCUAAGUCUCCUACCAAAAUAUGUCUGCAGGCAGAGGGGUGACCCCCACUGGGCCCUAACGAUGCAUUUGGCGUGUGUGAAUGCUGGGAUGCCCAUUCACACUCGGACACAAGAGACCUGCCACUUCUAGUGAAUGAACAGGAAGAUUCCAAAUGCACUUGGGAGCUCCGGGUGCUGGUUAAACAGAGUGUGCCAUUCAAGGCAAGCACCACCUGUGCUCGUGAGGCCAGAAGGGCCUGGGAGAAUUUGUUCCAGAACCAGUCUGAUGCAAGUGCACCUCUAAUAUAUGCCUUACAAACUCCAGAGGCCAUAUUCAAAACAGGGUCUUCUCAGUGUAUGCAAGGGGCCGCAGCCCCUCUUCUCUUCCUCCCCAGGUCGAACAAUACGGACAGUUUCACACAUAUCUACCUGUAUAACCCUCUGUACCUCUCAUAACUGCUCAACGACUGUAACAGGUUACAUCAGGUGUUUUUCUACAUACUUUUUACACAGAUUCUAUGCGAUUAAUGUAACUUAAUUCAAUGCAUCAUUUUAUUGUACUAGUUCUUAGGCUUGUCUUUUUUUUUUUUUUUCUAAGUGAUUGUGGUUUUCGUUGUGGUUUUUAUUGUAAAAAUGAAAUGGCUGUUGAUGCUUAUUCUCUGUAACUAAGAAUUUUUACCAUUUUGGGGAAAACAAAGCAUUGCUAUGAACUAAUGAAUUGAAACUUCAUUUACUCAUUGUAAAUACACUAUUGUGCAAAAAAAAAAUUCACUCAAUUGAAUUGCUAGUGUUAACUGAAUUUUGUCUAGACACCAUUUCUGUUGAUGAAAUAAAGACAUAUCAUUAUGCAUUGUAA